UGAACACUCUCUAUCUGACUUUGGUUUUUCUCUCACCUGUUAUAACACUUCAAGGAUUGUGGUUGCUAGCAACUUGCUUUCCAGAGCACCAGAUUGCUGUCAAAAUGAGCGAAACACCUUCGAGCAGUUACUCGGCGAAUCACCCAAACUCCUCUGAGAGUGAGCAGAGUUUAUCCACGCGCCAUUUCAAUGUUACUGAACCUGUUGUGGCAAAACGGAUUUGUUUCUAUAAAAGUGGAGAUCCCCAGUUUAAUGGGAUCAAAAUGGUUGUUAAUAGCAGGUCUUACAAGACCUUUGAUGCCUUGCUGGAUAGUUUAUCCAAACGGGUCCCGCUACCUUUUGGAGUAAGGAAUAUUAGUACACCAAGAGGAAGACACAGUAUCACCAAUUUGGAGGAUCUGGAAGAUGGAAAAUCCUAUAUUUGCUCCCAUCAGAGGAAAAUGAAGCCCAUCAACCUGGAACAGGCCAGCAAAAAGCCACUGCCCUGGCAGAUCAGCAGGCCUGUCAGCGCUCGUCGUCGAGCUGUGCAAUUAGCAAGGCAGAAUGAAGAUGGGUCUGGCCAUCGAGAAACCAGAAUAACAACUCCCAAAAAGAUGCUUGUCUUCAAAAAUGGGGAUGUAAGGCUUAGGCGCACCAUAGUUUUGGGAAAGAAAAAUACACAAACAUUUGAGGCCUUUCUGGAUUAUAUGAGCGAGUUAAUGCAAUAUCCAGUUGCAAAGCUCUACACCACUGAUGGCAGAAAGGUUCCUAAUCUUCAAGCCCUGAUAUUGUGCUCUGGAGCUGUAGUCGCAGCGGGGAGAGAGCCUUUUAAACCAAGCAAUUAUGAAUCUCUUGGGUAUUUGCGACCUGCUAAAUUGCUUGGAAUUGGAAAUCGUGUGUACCCAAAAGCAAAUGCCAAGUCAGAAAGUGAAAAGAAGAGGAAAUGGAAUGUGUCAGUCCUCACCAGUGAUGUGCCGUCUGCAGGAACAAGCUCAAAGGUUUACAUUGCAUUGUACGGGGAUCGUGGCAGUUCAGGUCCAAUUUUUCUUGAUGGAGAGAAGGGAAAAUUAUUUCAGAGAGGCAAUGAAGACAUCUUCACAGUCAAUACUAGGAACAUAGGACAUCUCUACAAAAUACGUAUAGGACAUACAAGUACAGGAAACUCCCCUGCCUGGCACUGCAAAGAGGUGCAGUUGCUGAACCUUUUCUCAGGGGAGCAGUUCUCUUUCCCUGCACAUCGAUGGCUGGCCAAGGAUCAGGCUGAUGGGGAAAUAUCUGUGGAGCUUCCUGUUUUCCAGCAGGGUCAGCCUAUUCUUCCAGUUACUGUCUACAAAGUGCACGUGACAACAGGAGACCUGUGGAACGCUGGAACUGAGGCUGAUGUCUAUAUUUCUGUCUAUGGAGAAAGAGGUGAUACAGGAUCAAGACAGCUGCUCAGGUCACAAAAACCCAAGAAAUUUUUAAAAGGACAAACUGACAUCUUUUCUGUUGAAGCUGUGCACCUUGGAUGUUUGUACAAGAUUGUUAUAGGACACAAUGGGCUUGGAUCAGGCAAUGGAUGGUUUCUGGACAAAGUUAUAAUCAAGGAUCCUAUAACAGAUCUGGAUUAUACUUUUCUUUGUCACAGGUGGCUGGACCAGGGACAGGAUGAUGGAAAUAUUGCUAGAGAACUGCCUGUGACACACGCCAGCAUGCUUCCAGGAAGACAAGAGCUGGAACUCAAGAGAGAAAAAACUUGGACUGCAGAAAAGUGGAAAUUUCGGAAAGGCGUUACACUUCAAUUUUACAACAGAGUCACCCGUGGUUUCAUUUGCCUCUACCCAGAUAGCAGAGUUGAUGCUCUUGGUGACAAGAAAAACAAAUAUGGUCUUUUUGAUGUAAAUGUCAAAAGGAGAAAUAUAUAUAUAUUCAGCAGUCAUCAAAUGCCAUCUCUUGCUCUUGCCCUUGUCAGCGGCCGUGUAACUGGAAAGAGCAAAGACAAGGCCUGCUGUGAGCUCCGUGUCCACCUUCAACCAAACUCUUGUGCCAUUCUUGAGUCAGCCAGUUACCCAGGUCACACUGUGGCUUUCAAUCUCCAAGGCAAAGUAGCUGAUGAAGCAGCAGGAUAUUCUGGGAUUUCCAAAGAAUUUGUCGUGCAUGUCAAGGGUGUGUUUCAUCAUGGUGCCAUCAUUCUGCUCAACACAAGUUUCUGCCAGGCUCUGUCCCUUAGACCUGAUGGGAGCUGCAGUGGAGCAGGUCAGCAGCAGCAGGAAUCCUACUGGAAGGUGCAUAAAAUCAGCUCUGGGCACUGCAUGUUUGAAAGUGUGAAAAAACCAAGAAUGUAUCUGAAGAUCAAAGAUGACCAGUGUGAUGGAACAGGCACAGGUGAUGAAUACUGCCAUUUUAAAAUUGAGAAGAAUUUGGAAACUGGAUCUGUGAGCCUGGAAUCAGUGCAAAAUAAAGGGAUAUACAUUGGUCUUCUGCCAGAUGGCCAAACGAAGCCAGUUGUUAACACUGGAGAGAGAAAUAUCUUUUUCUACCCACAGGUCAUCAAAUUUGGCCGGGAAAAGCCUAUGGGAACAUCUGCAGCACCCAAACAAGAGAGGAAAGAAUUCAGAGGAUCUCAAAUCCAACCCACAAAAGCCCAGGAGCCAGAACCUCAAAGACCUUCAACUCCCCCACCCUCAAAGGAAAUGAGAAAUCCCCAAGGUGGUGAGAGUCCCCUUCCUUCGGAUGAUGAAUGGAAAGUGUCAAUACUGACAGGAAAUGCAGGAACUGAAGCAAGUGUUGCUCUUUGGAUAUAUGGAGACAGAGGAUUAACCGGUCCAGUAACUCUUGGCAAGGACAACAGGAAGCAGCUGUUUUUUCCCAGGCAGGAAGAUGAAUUUCAGGUUAAAAUAAACAACAUUGGGAAUAUCUACAAGAUAAGAAUUGAACUUGAUGGAUUACCAAAUGAACAACCUGAGUGGAACUUACAGAGGGUGAUACUGCAACACCUAAGGAGCAAGAAAACAUUGAAUUUUCCAGAAAACACAUGGUUAUCAAAGAAUCGUGAUGACAGAGAAUUUCUGUGUGAACUUCCAGUAGUGGAAGCUGGAAAACCUAUCUAUCCAAUUGCUUUAUACCGUGUUUAUGUCCACACUGGUGACUUGGAGCAAGCUGACACAGACUGUGCAGUUUAUUUGUGCAUCUAUGGAAAAAGAGGAGAUUCUGGUCUAAGACUUCUGCAUAAAAGUGGUACACCAGUGCCAUUUCAGAGAGGAAUGGUCAGUGUGUUUGAAGUGGAAGCUGUGUCCCUUGGGAUUCUGCAGAAGGUGCUGUUGCGCUGUGAGGCCAGCACCAAGUCCCAGCACUGGUACUGUGACAAAGUCAUUGUCAGAGAAGCCGAGAGCAACUCAGAAUAUGUUUUCAAUUGUGAAAGGUGGUUUCCAUUUAUGUCUCAAGGUAUAAUCCAUUCAGAAAUUGAGCUGUACCCUCAAGAGCUUGAAAAAAAUCAGCAGCUGAAAAUGCAAGAUGCAAAUGAAGGAGACUGGAAGAUAACUGUAGUCACUGGGGAUUUUGAAACAGCUGGCACAACAGCAACAGUAUUCCUUUAUGCUUAUGGAGAAAACAAAGCUUCUGGCCCUAUUAUUUUGGGAUCUGGGAAACAGCAGCUGUUUAAUCCCAAGAGUGAAGAUACAUUUAAGAUUAAUCUCAGAGAUCUUGGACAACUAUAUAAAAUCCGCAUUGGCCAUGACAACACUGGAAAUGAUCCCAGCUGGUACCUGGAGGAAGUCAGACUUGAAAGAGUAGUCCCUGUUUCUGCUGAAGAGAUUUGUCUCCCCAUAGAGAGCUGGCUUUCUGAAGACAAGGAUGAAGGUGAUACAUGGAGAGAAGUGGCCAUAAGAAACCCUGCAGAGGAGCUUUUACCAUUGUUGGUGUAUGAGGUCCACGUAUACACAGGUGCUAAACUUGGUGCUGAAACAGAUUCCAAUGUUUAUAUAAACAUCGUUGGGACAAGAGGAGAUGCUGGCAAAAGGAAGCUCCACAGAUCUAAGAAUAAUAAUGUUAAGUUUCGACAGGGACAGAUGGAUAUUUUCUGCAUAAAGGCUGUCUCACUGGGAGACUUGGAGAAAGUUCUGAUUAGCCAUGAUGGAGCUGGUCCAGGCAGUGGAUGGUUCCUGGAUAAGAUUGUCAUCAAACAUAAAGAAGGAGAGGAAGCUCACGAGGUUGUAUUUCCUUGUAAUAGAUGGUUAGAUGAAUAUCAAGAUGAUGGGAAGACAGAGAGGGAGCUAACUGCCAAUAAGCUUGGCAGUUCAAUGAAGACAUUUCUUAAAGCACAACGGUGGAGAGUGCAGGUUAAAACAGAUGGAGAUUCCCCAGAGCCACAGGAGUGUAAAAGGACCCUUGUGAUUUAUGGCUCAAAUGGCAAAAGUGAUGAGCUUCUGCUUUCUCCACAAACCCCAGGACAUGUGUGCUUUCUUCCCAGAGCAACUGAUGAAUUCAUUGUUGAGACUGCAGAUCUGGGAGAUGUGUACAAGAUUCGAGUCAGCUGUGAUGAUGUGCCAGGCUUUAAGGGCUGGCAUCUGAAGUCCUUUCACUUACAAGAGCUGCAUAUGAAACAAGAUCUGAACUUUGAGUGCAACUGCUGGCUCACUCUGAAGAGGGGAGAUAAGGAGCUGGUAAAAGAAUUCCCUGCAGUCACUGAGGACCAGAAAACUUUACCAGUCUAUAAGUAUGUUGUUUCUGUACAUAUUGGUGACCGCUGGGGAGCAGGGACUUUUGCAAAUGUUUAUAUCACUCUCUAUGGCAAAAGAGGGGACACAGGUGUGAGGAAACUUCAUACAUCUCUAAUGAAGGGAAGAAAAUUUCAAAGAAAUAAGGUGGAUUCAUUUUUGGUGGAAGCUGUUUGUCUGAGUCAUUUGCAAAAAGUGGUCAUAGGUCAUGAUGGAGAAGGCUACGGGGCGGGGAUGUACCUCAAGAUGGUAACAGUCAGGGAAUCACAAGAUUCAGACAAAGAAUGGGUCUUUCCACUGUGGAAUUGGCUCGAUACUCAUCUGGGUUUAUGUGAGACUGUUUGUGAGAUUGUAACAGUUGGUAGAAGGUCGACUCUUAGUCCUAAACUGCCUGAAAUCAACAUGAAGUCAUCAGGUUCCUGGCUAAUGGAUAUCACUGGAUCUGACUUGAGUGCUGAAGAGGAUCCAAUAUGCCUUUCUUUUAUCUUCUACGGCAACCUGAGUCACAAAAAGUUGCCACUUCAAGUCACAGGAAAAGCAAUUCAGAUCAAAGAUGAACUGGCAGGUAUUGGCUCAAUAUACAAAGUUCAGGUAACUGGCCCACACAGUGAGCUAAAACAGCCAUGGCACUUAGAUUUACUUCAUCUGAAGCACACAGGCACAAAGGAAGAGAUGUAUUUAGCUUUUGACUGCUGGUUCAACCCUAAGGAAGACAAAUGUGUGGAGCUGCCAGCUCUCUAUGCAGAUCAGGAGCCUUUGCCUGUUGUGGAGUAUGAAAUCCAUUUGCACACGGGACACUUGAAGAAGGCAGAUGCCACUGGAGAGGUUUAUCUUCGUAUACAAGGAGAAAAAAGUGACUCAGGGAAGCGAUGGCUUAACUCGAAAAACAGCCUGAUCACUUUUGCUAGAGGGCAGGUGGAUAUUUUCAAAAUCAAAUCUGUAUACCUCGGCAAGUUGAAUCAAGUUUGUGUUGGAUUUAAAAGUCUAAGAAAAGAUGGGUGGUUUUUGGAAAAAAUUCUUAUAAAAGAAGUCUUCUACCCUUUUUCUACGCAUGUUUUUUUUUACGAUGGAUGGAUCGAUAAACUCUCCAAGGAAGAUUUUGUAGAAGUCGCAAUUCCGCUCAAAGAAACAUCUGUGGCAUCUCUUCCCAUGGAAAAUUUAGAUACAAAAAGUAGAGGAAGAUGGCAAACAUGGGUGCACUGCACACAAGUACCAGAAGACAUUCCUAACAUUCAAGUUGUUGCAUUUGGAAGAAAAGGGAAAUCCCCUGCACAGAAAGUUCAAAAUCUAAGUGAUAUUCCCUUUUUGUUGACCACUGGUGAUAUUGGAGAUAUAACAAAAAUCUCCUUUGUGUUAUGUGGUCCAUCCUUGAGAAGAGGAAUUAAACUUCACAAGCUUCAGCUCAAAGACCUGGACACUAAACAAGAGUUGGGCUUUCACAGUGAAGCCUCAUGUCUGUUUGGAGAAGAUGGAUCUGAGACCGUGACAGAGCUUGCUGCGGUCAGGCCAGACCAGCCACCUCUCAGGGAAGUCCUUUACUUCAUCAGUGUCCAUACAGGAGCACUGCCUGCAUCAGGAACUGAUGCAGAUGUGUUUAUCACAGUAUUUGGAGAGUGGGGAGAUUCCUGCAAAAGGAGACUAGGGUACUCACAGUUUGAAAGAGGGCAGGUUUGUAUCUCUGAAAUGAGAGCAGUAGACCUUGGACAGUUAAGCAAAGUGCUUGUUGAGCACCAUAAUGUGGGUUAUGGAGCUGGAUGGUACCUUGACCAAAUUGUCAUCCAUGAAUCAGGCAAGACUGAAGAACAAUAUGUAUUUCUUUGCCAGCAAUGGUUAGACAGUGGAGUUGGUGAUGCACAGAUGGAACGAACACUGAAACUUCUUGGAAAAGUCAGGAAUGGAGUGUUGACAGGAAAGAUUUAUGGGACUUGGGAUAUCCACGUCACAACUAGUGAUAUUUCUUCUAGUUCCAUGAACCCUAAAAUGUCUCUAACUGUAUGUGGUGAAAAAGGAACUUGUGCUUCAGUCACGUUACCCAAAGGAUCCCUUAACAAAGAGCAGAUUUACGAGACUUCUAUUGAACUAAGUAAGAAAUUUAAUACUAUAUUCAAAGUUCGACUAGAAAUUGAAGAAUCUGGAGAAGGAGAGAGUUGGCAUUGCCGUGAGGUAAAGCUUCAACACAGAGAAACUAAAAAUGUUCUAGAAUUCCCAUUUUGUCAUAAGUUUGCCGAUGAAGAAGGAGGAAGAGUGACUGAGCUUCCAGUUCUCAUAGCUGGGUCUCCUUUUCCAGCAGUGAAAAUCUAUGUUCUCUACAUCACCACGGGAGCUAUCCCUGGGUCAGGAACAGAUGCAGAUGUGUAUGUCAUGCUGCAAGGCUCCUUGGGAGAUACUGGCAGAAGAAAGUUAAUUAGAAAAGGAGACAAAAAUUUUACUAAAGAAAAGAUGGAUAUUUUUCACGUGGAGGCAGUGGAUAUUGGUAUUCUGCAAAGGAUGAUUGUUGAAAAAGGGAGAGGCUCUGACUGGCUUCUGGAGAAGAUUAUUGUGAAAGAGUCAGCAUCUUCAGGGACAGAAACACUGUUUAUGGCUCAAACAUGGCUUAAAGACAGACGUGAUGGAAAAAGAUCUGCCUCAGUAACUCUGGAUGCCACAGAAGUUCAGGAGAGGAAGAGUACAUCUGCUGGGCCUUUAGGAAGAGAGCAAAUGAAUUCAGAAGGCAGAUGGAGGAUUUAUUUCACAAAGCAUCAAGAAGAAACAAAAUCAGAAUUUGAAAAGUUGUCAGAAAAUAUAUCCAAGAUGGUUAUGGUUUUUUAUGGAAGCAACGGCAAGUCAAAUCCAGUUUCCAUGGAAAACAAAGUGGAACAUCAGACUGAGAACCAAAUAACAUAUGAUAUAUAUUUGCCAUCUGAUUUGGGAAUGCUUUAUAAAGUGAGGCUUGGUCUCCAGAGUUUGGAAAACAACAUAUCCCAGUUGUCUCUUCAUCACUUUAAAAUACAGAACACGUCAACCCUGGAUACCUUUAGUCUCACUAUAAAUAAAACACUUCCUCUUUCUCCUAAUGGAGACAGAUGGAUUGAAUUCCCUAUACAGUGGCCAUUAAAAGAAGCACUUUCUGUGGUUACAUAUCAUCUAACAGUAUUUUCAAGAAAUAUUUUGAAUGAGAGAAAUUUAGUGCAUAUGACUGCAUGUAUCUAUGGUACUCAUGGUGACACAGGAGACAGAUCUCUUCUCCAGUCAUUGCAGAAUGCACAACGGGGAGAGAAAAAUGAGUCAUUUCUAGUUAUGGUGGAUGCUGUUGACUUGGGAGAACUGGAAAAAAUUGUUCUUUUGAUCAGCAGUAAAACAGACUGCAAGCUGGACAUCAAAAAACUGCAUGUGCAAGAAGCUGUGAAGGAACAUCCUAUCUAUGUAUUUGAAAUGAAUGAAGAAUUCUCUGUGAGUGCAAAUAAGCCGAAAAUACAGAAAGAAAUCCCAAGAUCUUUUGUUAUUAGAGGAAAGAAUCAAAAGGAUGACAUAGAUAACAACCUGAAUAAAGAAGGAAGUAAAGUAAAACAUUUGACAGAGUAUACUAUUAAAGUGUACACAGGUGACAAAAGGGGAGCAGGAACUGAUGCCAAUGUGCAUAUUAUUUUAUUUGGGAAUGAGGACAAAUCUGAGGUAUUUCAACUCUCUCAGCCACUGGAGCACCAAAACCCCUUUGAAAGAGGAAAGGUUGAUACCUUCAAGAUUAAGACAAAAAAAUUAGGCAGCCUACGUUCAAUUGAAAUUGGCCAUGAUGGGAGAGGAUUUGCAAGGGGCUGGUUUCUAGAAAAAGUGGAAAUCACAGAUACAGCUAGGAAUUCAAUGUAUUGCUUCAACUGUAACAGGUGGCUUUCUGAAGAUGAAAAUGAUGGCCUCACCAUAGUACAGCUUUAUCCACAGCUGCUUGAUUUCUGAUUCUUUCUGAGUGUGAUGCUUCUUCAAAUCCAUGCUGAUUUAAUUUACUUGUCUUUUAUAACUCUGAAGGCAUUGUAAUUAUUGUGAAGAAAAGUCAAAACAAUGUAUUAAAAACAUCACAGUAAAUUAAAUAUGUUUAAUGCAAGCACAGAAUUCUGAUCUUAUUAUAGAUGCUCAAAAACUUUGCAUGACAGAAAUUUAGAUAUCAGAAAUUUAAAUCUCUAGCAUGGUUCUGUGGACUUGAACUGAGCAAACAUAAUUGUAGUGUGUAGUUACAUAUGUAGUAACAUACUCAAAUAUUUGUGUUUCAGUAAUGAUUUGUGGGUAAGCUAAAUUUAGCUCGUUUCAAAUCUGUCAGUAUGUGUUCAUUUGAUUAAUUUUUUUUCACUUUCAUCAUUUAUUAAAAUUCAGAUAUUUUCAAAAUCAUUUUCCAAACAAACUGCAAAACCCUUCAGUCUUACUAUAUAUGGCUUCUCUUAAGACUAUAACAGAGGGUAAUAAAUAUCUUGCUAUUCAGAAGUUUGCCCUGUGUCAGUAAGCUUCUCACUGACAUUUGAUUGUAAAAUCUUGUAGCUGAGCCAGAACCUCAGCUGAGAACAUUUAGAUCCAAAGGGUCUCUUAAGAGAGGCUGUUAUCAGUAACACUGCCAUAGCUUAGGCAGGCUUAGGCAGCUCCCUGCUCAGCUUGAUGAUUUUGCAGUGCCUCUCCUUAGCUAUCAAACCAGCUUUCCAGUACUACAUGUGUGAAUGCCUUCAUGUCAAAGAAAAACAAUAAAAAGGCCAAAUUAUUUUUUGCAAUGCACACUAAAAAUAAAAAAAAACCCCAAGUAUUUAGGUGUAAAUGCACAAAUUAAUGUUUGAUUUGGUAGGCUUUGAUAUUGCCAGAAUUGACUUAGGAAGGAUUUAGGAUACAGACAAGUCUGAAAUGUAAUCAGGACUUAUGCACCACUGAAGUUUCUUGUGUGUGAUCAAAAUACAAAUAUUUUAUAUAAGCUAUGUAAGGCAUUCCUCUCUUAAUCAAAGACUUCACCUUUUGUACCUCCAAUAUCUAAAAUCUUUCUGAAUAUCUGAAUUUUAGACUUGAUCCUCAAGACAAUACCAUGUUCUGU